UCAUUGUGCCUGUCAAUGCAGGCAGCCUGUUUGUGUGGACAGCCAUUUAGUCUGGAGGGCAGAACCGAUUUCUGGUCCUUCAUUGCACACACUGUCUGCCUUCCAUGGUGGUUCCCUGUGUACAGCUUCAGCUCUGUGUGUUGUGAAAGCCUCACUUGUUUUGUGGACUAUGUACAGACGCUGUCCUGUAUCCUGCGAGAUGAGUUGGGUGCUGGUUCAUACAAUCUCACUGCUACAUGGGUUCCUGAGGAAGAUCCAGAAAAUACGGUGGCAGCCUGCAGUCUCGUGCAAUUAUCAAGAAACACCAGUCACACACAGUACAUGUGCACUGUGGACAUGACUGAACUCCUAGCAGAUACCAAAGUCCAGGUGGAUGUUACACAGAUAGCUGAUAGGCAGCACGUGCUUUCCAAAGAAUUUUAUUUGUCAGACAACAUAAAACCACAGCCUCCAUUCAACCUGACCGCUUUGUUCUCAGAGGGUUACAAUAUUUCUUGGGAAACCAUCUACCAGAACUCUUCCUUCUACUUUUUGAAUGAGGAGCUGGAAUAUCAGCUGCGUUACAAAAGAAGAACUGACACCUGGGAGACUCAGAAGACUAAAGUUGUUCAUGAAGAUAAACGGACAUUGGUGAUCCUGCCAUGGGAACUACAGGCAGACACUGAGUACGAGUUCCAAGUGAGAGCUAGACCCCGGGAAGACAGUGACUAUGGUGGCUUUUGGAGUGAAUGGAGUUCUCCGCUGUCAUUGAAAACCAGCCCUGCCGCAGUGACACAGACAGCAGGCAUGGAAUGGCUGUUGUUGUUUGGUAUUGUCGUGGCAAUCAUGGCUUCAAUCGCAACAUUUCUGGCCAAACAGCAGAGCUUGUGGAAGAAGAUGGCUUGCAUCCCAGACCCUGCUCCCUUUUUCAAACCUCUUUACAUGGCUCAUAAUGGAGAUUUUAAGAAGUGGGUUGGUGCAUCCCAUAUGAAAAUGACCUUUGAUUUCUUUGAAUGGGGAAUAGUCCUUCCAGAAGUCCUAGAAGUUUACACCAUGCAUCCUUCCAACAGCACCCCACCGGAAGAGCUGCAUGAGCUAAGAAAGAAUCUGCCUUGCAAGCCCUGUGUGUCUUGCCUGACUACCCCAGGUCAUGGUAGCCAGUCACCGUGGUGCAGUGUAAACAGUAGUGAUGGGACUGAGGACCAGUCAUAUGGGCAUUUGUCAAUUGAUACAGUGACUGUGGCUGAUGAAUUUACAUCUUGUAACUGCCAGUGCAGCUGUAAUCAUGUGUGCAGGGAACAUGACCAUACCAACAAGGAAGAUGAUAGUGCUGGAGAACCCGGUUAUCCCAAGGUUAACCUUGAUGAGGAAGACAGAAAGAUAUCCAGUGACUUACAUUUGGCUGAUCUGAUUACACAGGACAAAAUACUUGCUUCAGGCUCUGUGUCCACAGACCACCUGAGGAGCACAAGUGUCCCAGUCAACCAGCAAGGAGAAAGGGGAGUGGAAGGAGGUGUGGGGAGCAUCCUAGAAGCCCUUUGCUUGCAGCCUUAUCAGUGGGAUUUGGAAAAUCCAGGUUCUCUACCUUCUCCUGAUGGUGAAAGUGUUUCCUACAGUGAAGGCUCCUAUGACUUCUUCCCUCACAAUACAAAGCCUGGUGACAGUUAUCCUUUGAUCUGUGUAGAUUUGGACACUAUUGACAGUGGCUUUGUGGACUCAGACUGUGGAAGUCCAGUUGACUCUGAAUUUGGGCAAAACAGUCAGACCAUUUGUGGGUCCAUUCCUCUUGAGCAAGAGGGGCAAGACUUUACACGGAGCUACGUCAAGCAGUGGGUCUCCUGCCGCUCUGAGAGCCCUGUCAGUGGGACACAGACAAACUAAGGACUGCAUGAGUGUGGGGCCUUUUUCAUAGUGUGCCAGGAGCAAACGGCUAGCAAAAUUCAGAAAAGUUUACUUUGUGUAAGCUCUAUUGCAUAAGUUGACACCUGUUAGGUGCACAGAAAUAUACCUGUUUCUAUUCCCGCUUAUCCUAUUAAUGUCUUAAAUUUAUUGUGAAUGAUUGUUCUUGAGUUUUGUUGGGUUUUGGUUUUUUUUUAGAAUCACAGAUCAACCCUCCCUUGAUGUCAAAAAAAAAAAAAAAGUUAGAAAAAAGCAACUGUACCUUGAAAAUUAUCCUUUGGCUUAUAUAGAUAUGAAAAAUUUUUUGCAAUAAUCUUAUAAAGAGUACAGAACUUUAUUUUCCCUGGUAUUCUCACAUGACUUAAGAGUUUGGCUGCACAUGGAACCUUAGAAUCAUAACUCAUGGCAAGCACAUUUGCUACGUUAAAGUUCCCCUACCUUUCCAAACAACAUGUUGUUUGUUGAUGUUACUUUUCCUUCUACUAUCUUUGGCUCUUUAAACUCAGCUGUAAUAGUCUGUUAAUUACAGACUGGCUCCAGACUGGUCCAUGGGGAUCAAAACUAAUUCUUAUGAAAUCAUUGCAGAAAUGCCUGUACUAAAGACUAAGGACGACUGAGGUUUCAGAAAGAUUUUCCAGGUAGAGUCUGCAAAUGAAAAGACUUCAAAAUAUAUAUAAUUCUUAACAA